UUCAUCUACAAAAUAAAUAAAUAACCAAACAAAGCACAACUGGAAUAUUCAAAGUUGCGUUUCCAACUUUUCAUUCAACAUUUACCUUAUAUAUGCGAGACAUUGAUACAACAAUUAGUAUACAGAGAUCGAUCAAGAACUAGUAACAGAGUGAUAAUUAAUGGAGAAGAUUGAGUUAGUUUUCAUCCCCUCCUUUGGAGUAGGCCAUCUAAUUUCAAUGGUAGAAAUGGGAAAUCUUCUUCUUUCUCGAUACCCAAAUCUCUCGACCACUUUCCUCAUCAUCAAUAUGAAGGGCCGACCCACCGUCGACCUUCCCUCCCCCGACGAUCUCUACGACUCCACCCGUAUUCGUUUUCUCCAAGUCACUCGAGACGAAGACGAUUCGGUGAUGGAUCAUCGCGCCAUGCUCGAUAUAUUGGAUCUCUACAAACCUAUUAUCAAGGAAAUCGUCCAACAAGAAGUUAUAGCCCGUCCCGGUUCCGGCCGGCUCGUGGGGUUCAUCUUGGACAUGUUCUGCGCUGGAAUGGUAGAUGUGGCUAGGGAGUUUAAAGUUCCUGGCUAUGUCUUUUUCUCGUCCGGUGCCACUUUCAUCGGACUCAUGUGGCAUUUGCAGACCCUUCAUGAUGAGUAUGGACAGAAUUUGGUCGAUUUAGAUGGCUCCGACAUUGAGCUAGAUGUGCCGGUUUUCAAGAACCGUUACCCGGCGAAGGUCAUACCGUCAGUGAUAACGGAUAAGGAAGGAGGUUCAAAGAUAUUUCUCCAACUUGCUAAGAUGUUGAGAGAGGUAGAUGGGGUUGCAGUUAAUACUUUUGCGGAGAUAGAAUCACACGCGAUUAAAGUCUUACCAGAGGACGAUAAGAAUCCACCGAUUUAUCCGGUGGGCCCGAUCCUGAAGAUAAAGAAAGUAAACAAUGAAAAGUCAGCCGACAUUAUAAGCUGGUUGGACGGUCAACCUUCGUCGUCUGUCAUUUUUCUUUGUUUUGGGAGUAUGGGAUCCUUUCCUGACGAACAAGUGAAAGAGAUCGCAUACGCGCUUGAGAAAUCCGGAAAACGGUUUCUCUGGUCGCUUAGGCGUCCGUUGGGAACGGACAAGAAGAUGUCGUGGAUCACGACCGAUUACGAAGACCCGGGUCAGGUAUUGCCGGAAGGUUUCUUAGAACGGACGGCCGAGAUUGGAAAAGUUAUCGGGUGGGCACCUCAGGUGGAGGUGCUGUCUCACGAGGCGGUGGGGGGUUUCGUGUCGCACUGCGGUUGGAAUUCGACGCUGGAAACCGUGUGGUUUGGGGUUCCGACAGCUACUUGGCCGAUUCAGGCGGAACAGAAUAUGAAUGCUUUUUUUAUGGUGAAGGAGGUGGGAUUGUCUGUUGAUCUUAAGAUGGAUUAUAGGCAAAGCCGGUGGAAGAUAGCUGAUGAAGACUCGGGUACGGUGCCGGCGACGGUGAUUGAAAGGGCGUUAAGGCAACUAAUGGAUGAGAAUGGUGAGGAGAGUUUGGAGAUGAGGAAGAGGAUGAAGGAGAUGAGUGACAAAAGUAGGAAGGCCGUGGCGGAGGGAGGUUCUUCUUAUGUGUCCAUUGGCCGGUUCAUGGAUGACAUUAUUAAUCAUAAAUAAACAAAGUUUUUAUAGAAGAUUUGUUUGAUGUUAUUAUUUGGGAAUAUACCAUAAGUUUGAUACUUUUGUAAGUGUUAAUGAUUAGUUUCGAGUUCGACU